AUGGUUUUUUCAAGUCAUAUGUCGGUGAUGGUGAAUGGGUCUCCAACUAAAGAAUUUUUGGUGGAAAAGGGUUUGAGGCAAGGAGAUCCGUUAUCUUCUUUCCUAUUUGUGGUCGUUGCGGAAGGGUUGAAAGGGAUUAUUAACAAAGUGGUGGAGAACGGGAGUUAUGCGGGUUUUUCUAUUAAUAGGAGAUGUUUUAUAGAUGUUAUUCAAUUCGCGGACGACACGCUCAUGGUGGAGGAUGGUAGUUGGAGUCACCUUUGGGCAAUUAAAGCGGUCUUAAGAGGUUUUGAGCUAAUUUCAGGGCCAGGCAUAAAAUUUUAUAAGAGUAAACUCAUUGGCCUAAACAUUGAUUCGCGCUUUUUGGAAGUGGCAACGACGUUUUUGGCUUGUAGGAGAAAAGAUAAGAUCUUUAAAUUUCUUGGUGUUUACAUUCGGUGCAAUCCUAGAAGGAUCAUUUCGUGGGAGCCCUUAAUGUCUAAUAUUAAGAAACGGUUGGCGAGUUGGAAGGGCUCCGAAGAAGGUGGUGGAGGAAAUCACCAAGAUUCAGAGCAAUUUUCUAUGGGGCUGAGGGGGGAGAGAAGAUGUAUUCAUUGGGCGAGUUGGGAAACCGUUUGUUUGCCGAUAGAGAAAGGUGGGUUGGGAAUAAGGAGGAUAAAUGAUUUUAAUGUUGCUCUUCUUUACAAGUGGAAGUGGAGGAUUUUAGAAGAAGCGGGGUCCUUAUGGCAUGAGGUGUUGAAGGCGAGAUACGGAGAUUUGAAGACCACAAUUCUUAUCGGAGCAGCAUACAAUAAAGGGAAGGAUUUCACCUCUAUUUGGUGGGUUGAUAUAUUAGCUUUGGAUAAUCAUGUGGCCAAGGACUUUUUCAAUCAGCAGUGUCGGUUCCUUGAAGUAUCCAUUGCUUCGAUACGGGGAUGGGGCAAUGGCGUUUGGUUGUGGGGAAACUUUGGAGUAUCUAUCAACCAGCUGAGCGUCAAUACUGUUGCUGCAGAAUUAGCGCAAAUGCAACAACAUAUCAGCAUAGCGCAGCCGGCCUGUCAUGGCUCAUACGGUGUCGAGUGGAUCCAAGGAUUAGAUGGCAGCUUUUAG